AUGAAUUAAACAAAUUCUUAAAAUGAAUCAUAAAUAGUAUAGAAUGAAGAGGAUUAAAAUACUUUGUUGGAAUAAAAUAAGUAAGAAUCAAGUGCAGAUAAUUAGACAUCGUUAAAUUGAGAAAUCCUUUUUUAUAAAUCAGAUCGAAUAUAAAUAUUAAGGACCUGAUCAUCCAUAAAUCGCUGAAUUAUUAGAAUUAUUGGAUGAAAAGCAAAGAAAACCUUUGUCUAAUUAAACCUUAGAAAGUUUUCGACAAAAAAUACUUUAUUAUGAAAAACAAUUCAAUAAAAAUUGUACAUUUAUGGACAAUAUGUUUCAGAUAUCAUUUUAUUAUAUUUUGACUAUAAUUGUUUAUUUGAGCAUAUAUUUUACAUAUUUAACAAGUGUGAUAGUAUUACUUAGUUUAUGACUAUAAUUAGUCUUUGAAAUCGGAUGAAAUAAUAGUUAAGAGUUCAAUUAAAUUAAAUAUUGUUCAAUAAUUGCCUGAAUUUGGUUUUAUGAUUACAAGUUUUACACUUGGGUAAUAUAACUCUUUAUAUAUAUUUAGAAUAAUUAUCAUAAAGAAUUCAAUAAUUCUGUUGUUAUUGUUUGCUUUAGGAUGCAUAAUCCCUGCAUUUUAUUUAUUUUAUGUAUAUCUUGAUGUAUUUAAUUUAAAUGAAAGUGCAAUUGAUUAUGAUAUGGUUUUAUUUUUAAGUGCAUUUAUAAUUUCUAUUUUGAAUGGUAUAAUAGUUUCUGUUCUUUAACAGAUAGUAGAAAGUAUGUAUAAUUAAAUUAUUGGUGCAUUAUUUUCAAGUGGAUGGUGUUUGUUCAUUGUUUACUUGUUAGGAUUUUUAAUAUUUUCUUAUGUGAUUGGUUUGGAUAUAAUAACUGCUGAGAAAGUGAUCAAUUACAUAAUCAAUUCAUUAUAUAUUCCAAUAUUUGUGGCAAUCACAUUUUCAUACUUUAUGAUAAAUACAAGAUUAUUUGAUUGGCCUGCAGGAAUAAUAAAAACAGCAUUGGAUAGGAUUAAGAUUAAAAUAUUGAAAUAAUAGAUUUAAAAAGAAGAUUAAUAAUCCCAAUAAACAGUUUAGAUUACGACUUUAAUUUCAAAGUUAGUAAUAUAUUCUAUUGGAGCAUCCUACAUAACUAUGGAGAUAAUAUUUUAUAUUUUGUUAGCGUCAGAACUAAAAUAAUCAAAAAUAGAUUAUACAGCAAUAGUAUCUUUAUCAUUAGAGUUGAUAAUAAUUCCAUUAUAUUUAUUUUUGGGGGUGUUUAUAUCUGUAAGUGAUAGAAAACCAUAAUACACAUAUUUAUUAGUACCUUUAGUAAUAGGAGCUCCAAUAAUUUUUGGAUGCUUGAAAUUGGGGAAUUAUUUAGAAUAUGAAAAGGAUAUAACUAAUUUCACAGAGAUUUUAUAUUAUUGUCCACUUUUUGUGAAUAUUCUUUGGUUAUCUUUAACAUUGAUGGGAUUAGAUAAAAGGAGGUUGUUUAUAAAUUCUUUAGGAUUUGUAUGUUUUUUUAUAGCCAUUCCAAUAGGUGUGUUUUUACCACUAUAUAAUUUAUAUCAUUAUUCAUCUCUUUAGAUAAUAGCAUAUAUAUUUAUUGUAAUAGGAAUGAUAGUUUUAUUAUUGGUAUUAUUUUAUUUCUUCAUCUAAUCAAUGAAAGCAAUAAAAAGAGCUAAAGAAUUAGCUGAUUAAGUAAUUCCUACUUUUGAUGAAUUUAAAUAUUACAAUUUAACAGAUUUGGCAUUCUGUAUAAAUUCAGUUUGCUUUUUAUUAUCUUAUUUUAUAAUUAGUUAUUUUUUUUGGUAUAUAUUCGAUCAAAAUAACACAGCAACAGUUACAGAGGGUGCUGCUAUGUUUGCAGUAUUAGCAAUUACUCCAACAAUAUUUGUACUUAUCAACAUAGCUCUUGGACAUAAAUCAUUAGAAAUUACAUAUGAAUUUGCAUAAGAUAUUAAGGAAUUAUAGAAAAUAGAAGAAUUAAAGAAUCGAAAGAGGAUUUAAUAAAGAUUUUAUUAAAACACUGCAGUAUGUUGUGGAAUUUUACUUCCCUUAUGUUUAUUCAUUCCAAUAUCUUUGAUAACAACAAACUAAUCAGCAUCAAUAUUUUUUGAAGCAUUAGCUAUUGGAAUACCAAUAUGUUUUUUAAUGUAUAAAUUUUUGAUAACUAUUAAAAACAAAUCAAUUGCAUUUGAAGAUUUUUUUUAACCUUUUGUUAGUUCUCUAUUAUGGUGUUGUGUAAUAUUUCCAUUUGGAGUAAUAGUUCCAACAAUGGCAGUAUUUUUUAAUAAUGCUGAUUCGACUUUUUAAUAUUUUGCAUAAGGAGCUGUUGGUUUAGGAUUAUUUGUAUGUAUAAUUGGAGUAACAGGUGCAUCUUUAUUUUUAUCAUUAUUAUUAAAUAGAGAAGAAUUUGAAAGAAAGAAGAGAGAAAUUUUAAAAAAAGUAAUGGAAAUAUUAAGAGAAAAUCAUGUUCUUAGUGAUAUUAGUGUAGUUGGAAUAUUAUAUAUGAAAUACUUAAAUAAAUUGUAAAUAAUUUAUACAAAAUUAAAUGCUACAAAGAAUUAGAGUUAAAAAAAGAAAUAGAAAUAAGAAGAGUUUAAAUAAUUAAAAUAGAUGUUGACAGAGAAUCUAAUUUAAGGAGAACCAAUUAAUGUAAUAAAAUAUGAUGGACCAGAAUUAGAGUAUGAUCAUAAAUUAGUAAGUAAAAAUGUUUAUUAAGAAUAUAUUAAUUUAUUAGAAUAGGAAUUAUUAGAUAAAUAGAAGAAUAUAAUAUAAGAAUAGGAAUUAACAGGUUGUAAAAAGUAUAUAAUGGAUUGUUUAUGUUGUAGAUGUGGACUUGAAGAAGUGAAUUAAUUAGAAAAUUAAAAAAAUGUUGAAAUAAUUAAACUUAGAGAUCUUUAUAAAUUAGAUGAAGAUACUGGAUAAAAAAUGAAUGAUUUAAUUCCAUAAUUUAAUUCUGUUUAUAAAGUAGCUGAGGAAACUGAUACACUUAUAAAAAAGAUAGACUUUUAAGCUGAGGAUAAAUAAAUUAUAUAUAAAUAAAAAUAUAAACCAGUUUAAGAAAUAAAAAGUGAAAAAACUGAUAGCUUAAAUUAAAUCCAAUUAAAAUAAUUAAAUGAUAAAGCAUUAGGAAAUAUUAAAUCAUCAGAUUAAUAUUUUUCUUUAUCAUCAUCUGAUUAAAUGAUUGCAGAAUUUAUGCAUGAAGUAUUUAUGGAGUUUGCUAAUAAUGAUUAAGGUUUAGAACCUUCAAUUUGUUUUGCUGAUUUAUAAUAAUUUAGUAGAUUAACUGAUUUGCAUUUUGAUUUAAUUGAUUAUGAAAAAUAUGCUAAAACUAUUUGGGUUAAUUAAACUUAUAGUUUAAAUGAAAUAUAAUUUGCAGGUUUAAUUAAAGGUAUAAUAAAAGAUUAUGAUGGAGAUUAAUUUGAAAAUCUGAAAUAGUUAGUUCUUGAUCAUAUUUAUCCUUAAUUAAUAACAUCUAUGAAAUCUUUAAUGAUCAAUUUUAAAUACUCAAAUAAAAAAGUUUUAUAAAAUAAUAAAAACUAAGAUAAUCCUUUUUUAAGAUAAAAUUUUAUUUCAAAUGUUGUUUAAACAGAGUUCUCUAAAUUUGAUGCUAUAAAAGUUAAGUAAGUAUAUAAAGAGGAAGUUAAUAAUUAAUCAAGAAUAAAUAAUGAUGAAAAUAGAGUUCCAAAAUUAUCUAAGAAAUAAAAGGAAUAAAAAUACGAUGAAGAAAAGUAUUAAAUAGAGUAAGUAUAUGCUUAAAAACUACCAUGUUAUAAGAGAUGUUGUUAUUCAUGUAAUGAUUGGUUUAGAAUAAAUGUGAUUGAGAAAUAUUUUCCUAAUCUAGCUGCUGCAUAACCAAAACCAAAAAUAGAAAAGAAACCAAUCUUAGAUAGUAAAAGAAAAAAAAUGGGUGAUUGGAAAGCAGUUGCUAAAAUAACAAUAUAAGCUUUAUUUGAUGCAACUGAAGAAUAUGAAAAAAACUUAGCAAAUUAAUAAUAAAAAUCUAUAGAAUUUAAAUUAACUUCUAGUAAUAUACUUGCUUUAAUAUUUAGAAUAUAUGAUUUAUAUAGUUUAGCAAGUGUGGCUUAUAAUCCUUAAGUAGGAUGGUUUGGAAGUACUUCAAUAUCAGGAACAGAUACUAUUAGUGGAUCAGCAUUCUAUGAUAGUUAUGCAUUCUUCUUUUAUUUCUCUUUAGGUGUCUCAAUACUUUAUGGUCUCUUAGGAUCUUUAAGUUUAGAUGCUGUAUAGAAGAAUACUUUUGGAUAGGAUGAAAAUGGUAAUUUAGCCAGAUUCCCUCAUUUAUAAUUUAUCUUACCUAGAGUUAUAUCUAUUUUAAGUGGUUUCUUUAUGACAGUAAUGAGAACUUUUAUGGAUGCAUAUAUUUGUGAUUAUAGUAAUUUACCUUAUCAAUUCUUUAGAGAUAAAACUAUUGAAUGUUUAACAAACUAUCAUUAUAUUUAUAUGGGUUUAGGAUUAAUUGGUGUCGGAAUUUAUUAUCCUCUCUCUACUUAUUUAUAACCUACAUUUUAAUUUAGUGAUCAUUCAUUAGAUUUAAAAUUUAAAUCUACUUAUAUCAUUAUUUAUGUUUAAGCUAAAUUAUUAAUUAUGGGAUUAAGUUCAUUUUUUAAUACUUUAGAUAAUGCAUUUGAAUAUUAAAUGUUAUUCUCUAUUGGAAUCUUAGUUAUUGUUUUAGCAUUUCAUAUCAAAAUGGAACCUUGCUUUGUUAAAUGGUAUAAUAUAAUUGAAUAAAUGUUAAUUUUAAUCAUCAUAUUUAUUUAUACAGGUGCAGUUAUUAUUAUUAUGACUGGUAAUAAUAUCAUUGGAAUUAUUUUUACUGCUGCUGCCAUUUUAAUUGGUUUUAUUGCUAUUGCUAUUUAUCUUAAAAUAUCAGUCUAUCGUAAUUUUAAUACUUAAAAAGUUACACCAUAAGAGAAUCUUUCAAGUAUUUUAUUUCAUUUUUAUUUAGUUAUUGAAUUAAAACCAAUCCCAGAUGAAAAUAGGCUCAAUAUUUAUGAUUUAAUUGCAGAAUCAUAGCUCCCUAAAGAUUAAUAAAAUAAAUCAAGAAAAAAAAAUUAAUAAAAUACUGAUUUUAAGGAUCAAUAUCCUAAUCUUGAUAUGACAAUAGGAGACAAUAAUAAUAAAAGUAGCAAUCUGGAAGAAUUAGUCAAGGUUAAAGAUGAAAUUAAUAUGGAACCAAUAUUAGUAAAUAGAUCCAAUUUAUCAAAAUUGAGAUUAUGA